AUGCCGCAAGCAUUGUUGGACGAAUACGGCGGAAUGUUACACCAAAGCCGCUAUACGGAAGACUUCGUUCGAUACGCGCGCAUUUGUUUCGAGCGUUUUGGCGACCGUGUCAAGCAUUGGAUCACGUAUAACGAGCCUGGACUCACAGCUCGUGCGGGUUACGCGCAGGCCCGUUUCGCGCCAGGGAGAUCCAGUCCAUCGGAGCCCUAUACCGUCGCACAUACACAACUUGUUUCGCACGGCCAUGUCUGCGCCAUGUACAAAGAAGACUUCCAGCCGAAGCAAGGAGGAACGAUCAUGAUCACGUUAGAUGGAAAUUGGUAUGAGCCCUGGGACGAGAAUGAUCCUCGCGAUGUCGAGGCGGCGGAGCGCGCCAAAGAUUUUGAGAUCGGUUGGUUUGCUGAACCCCUCUAUGGAAAGGGAGAGUGUGACUAUCCUAAAAGCAUGAGGGCUCAACUUGGUGAGCGACUGCCGCGGUUUACGGAUGAGGAAAAGCGUCUUGUCAAAGGGAGUUCUGAAUUCUAUGGGAUGAACUCUUAUACGACCUUCUUUGCUCGACACUUGAACAGCCCGCCUGAAGAGACCGACUACCGCGGGAAUGUUCAGUUCCUGGAUCAAAACAAGAUGGGAAAGCCUCGGGGCCCAGAAACCGACACUCACUGGCUACGAGUCUGCCCGUGGGGUUGGGCUAAGCUUCUUCGGUGGAUUUGGGCUCGCUACAGAGUGCCAAUCUUCAUCACAGAAAAUGGAACGACUAUCAAAGGAGAGCAUGAUCAAGUUGUUUCUGUAGGUGACGACCAGACUCUUGAAGACCAUGCUCGAAUCGAGUUUUUCAGAUCCUAUAUCGAAGAGAUCGUGUUAGCUAUUCAAGAGGGCGUGGUCAUCAAAUCGUAUUUUGCCUGGAGUUUCAUGGACAAUUGGGAGUGGGCUGUUGGAUUUACCUCGCGAUUCGGAGUCACUUGGGUGGACUUCGAAAGCCGAGAGCGAAGACGACACACAAAGUUGUCUGCCUACUUUUUAAAGGCGUACUUUGAUCACCUGAUCAAAUGA